GGAGCUAAUGGGGAGCUUGUGGGGCUUGGGAAUGUUCUGCUGGUUGAAGGCUUGUCUGCUAACCUUCUCUCUGUGCGACGACUGCAGAAGAGUAAGGCCGAAGUGACCUUUGGACCAACCAGCUGCCGUGCUAAGCUUGGGAAGAAGGUGCUGUGGAGUCUGGAAGAGGAGACCAGCUGCAUCAAGGACCUGUGGCAGCUGCCCAUCAUCCCUUGGAAUGGGAAGACUCCAACAGCAGCAACGGCAGCAGCGGCAAAGGCAACAGCAGGAGGAGAUGCAACUGCACCAACUGAUGGGGUGAUCCGCAGUGACAAUGGUGGGGAGUUCAUUGGAGCUGAUUUUGAGGGGGAGUUGAAGAGGAAGGGGAUCCAGCAUCAACUGACAGUGCCCUACAAUCCGCAGCAGAAUGGCGUGGCUGAGAGGUUCAACAGGACCCUGCAGGAGGGGGCACGCACUCUCCUUGGGCGUGCAGGGCUACCUGAUCCGUUUUGGGUGUCUGCACUGAGGCAGGUCGCCCUUGUGAAGAACAGGGUGCUGGCUACAGUUGGAGAUAAGGAGUGGAUCCCAUAUAUCAAGUGGUAUGGGAGUGCUCCAGCUGUGAACAUGCUGAGGGCAUUUGGGUGCAUGGUAGUGUUUCAUGUGCCUAAGGAGAAAAGAGGGAAGUUGGAGGCUUCUGGAAGAUGGGGUGUGCACUUGGGGAUUGCAAAGGAUCACAAGGGAUGGCUGCUAUGGGACUUGACCACCCAGAAGCUGACAGUGUCAAGGGAUGUGAAGUUUCUUGAGUCCCUGUACUACAAGGAAUGGAAGCAGCAGCAACAGAAGCUUCCAUCUACACCGCUCAUUGUGGAGGCAGAUGAGAUGGAUAUUGUGACUGCCUUUCUGAAUGGGAUCAUUAUGGAGGAGGUGUACAUGAAGCAGCCAGAGGGGCUGGAUGAUGGGAGCGGCAGGGUCUGCAGGCUGAAGAAGGCAAUCUAUGGCCUUAAGCAGGCGCCUCGUGCAUGGUAUCACAAGUUGGAGGAGGCGCUGGUGGCUGGGGGUUUCAAGAAGAGUGAGUGUGACCCCAGCCUGUUCCUGCUGCAGGAGAAGGACGAAAUCCUCAUGCUCUUGGUGUAUAUGGAUGAUAUCCUUCUCUUUUCUGCAUCCACUGCUUUGCUGGACAGCGCAGAGCAGAUGCUGGAGAUGCAGUUCAAGUGCUCCAAGAUGGGUGAGGUGAAGUACUACUUGGGGAUGCAUGUGGAGAGAGAUGUGGAGAAGGGUGUGCUGAGGUUGCACCAGAGGAAGUACUGUGAGGGGCUGGCUGAGAAGUAUGGGCUGCAAGAUGGGGGAAAGCCAGCAACACCACUACCUUCAGGGUUUACUGUGGAGCCAUGUGCUGAUGAGGAGGUAGUGGGUGAGAGUGACAGGAAGCUGCCUAAGUGGCACUGGGUGAGGAGACUCCUUGAUAAGGAGGUGCGGCUGGAGAUAGUGAAGACCCAUCAGCAGGCAGCAGAUAUUUUCACUAAGCGUCUGGCGGAGGCGGAUCAUUGGAAGGGCAUGAAGCUUGCUGGGAUGAGUGUGCAUUGAGUAUGCAUGCUUGAGAUGUGGUAUGGUCGAUGAUGGUUGGCAGCCAGAGGGGGAGAUUGUUGUGUGAUGUCAUCAUAUGUUAUCACAUUCUGUCUGCCUCCCAUCCCUUGUUUCAAUUCGCACGUAUGGUUUGACUGUGUGUGAAAGAAUUUGUGUGGUGUGUGUUCUGGAGUUUGGGAAUGUGUUUUGUGUUAUUCUGU